AUGUGAUGAGUCGGUAGCGGAGGAGCGGAGCUGUUAUAUAAAAUACAGAAUAAUAAAUGAGCUCGCGCUCGGUUAGAGUGUCGGUCCGCGGGGCGCGGGACUGCGCGCGGGCUGAUGGAGGAGAGAUAACCCGGUAACUGACGGCGUGUCCGCGCGGCGGCCCGGAGACCGAGAGAAAACCGGAUAAACCGAAACCCCGACCGGAGCUCCCGCUGCACGCGCUCCGACACACCGACACACACCGACACCCGCCCGAAUCUGCAUGGAAGACUCGGAUGACCCGUGCUCGGCAGAGGGAGUCUUUACGCAGAUAUCAGAAAUAUCAGAGUGAAUCCAGGCAGCAGGUGAGCCGCCAGACACAUGCUGAAACCAUGGGCCGAGCCCGGCCAGAGUGCCCCGAGCGAAAGAGGGCGAAGAAGAGACGUAUCUCCAGAAGAGGAGGACAUACGGAGGUAAAGGAGCAGAGUGCGGACCGGGACCGGAAGCUUUAUCCCCUCAGGGGGAGGCUGGGAAUGAGCGAGGUGGGCACCCUGAACUGCUCCGUGGUUCUGACCCGUUUGGAGGAAGGCGGGACUUGCAAAAGCAGCAAGAAGCCUUUGUCCAAAAGCGAAGGGAAACUAAAGAUGAAGACGAAGAAGGAGAAGAUCAAACCUUCUUGCAAGUGUCGCAAGAAGACCUGCAAAGCUUGUCGUUCAGCACCCGGACCAAAAAGCAACAGGAAACCCGAUAAAGCUGCCUUACUUACAGAACUUCUCCUGGAACCUCGCAAGAGACGGCUGGCCUCUCUGAACGCGGAGGCGGUAAACAGCCUUCUGUUGUUUCGAGAGGACCCUCAGCAGGCUUCAAAACUCUCCAGAAAGCAGGCGAAUCCUCCGAAGCCUGAUUGUGAAAAGGAGAAGGAAAAAGAAAAAGAAGAAGCCGAUGGUUUGAAGAAAGGACAAGAAACGAGAAAGGACAGAAAACGUGCCCAUCCCUUAGAGACGGAGCUGGUAAAUAAGAGUUCCAAAAAAAAAGCCAAAAAGACGAAUCCUGAAUCUGAACCAGUGGACCAACUGAGUCUAAACAGUCCGGCUCCCAGACGUUUAGCGGGUUUGAAUGCGGCCGCGCUUCUGAAACUGACCAGCACUUCCGCUGGAGCCAAGCGUCGAGUGAAAACGGACUGUAAGCCGGGAAGUGGAGGAGUCAGAACCAAACAAACCCAAGUGAAGUUAAAGAAACAGCAGCAACAGCUACAGCAGCAGCACAGUCCGCCAUGCCAGUCCACCAAGUUGCAGGUAUCGCAACCAUGCUGUAACCUCUGCAAGAAGGAAGCCCUCCAGUCUGAGGUGAUGUGGGAAGGCACCGCUGGGGGCCACGGCUUCAUCAGGCCGGGUUACCAGUGCAGGUCCAUGCUCGGAUACUCCUUGAAGCCUGUAAAAGAGGAGAAAACUGAGGCUGAUGUAAAUUCCUGCUACUGCUGUUCCCAGGAGAGAUCUGUGGAAUAUUGCCACCGGCUCGCCCUCUACCUCGGACAGAAGGCCUUUCCCGAAUCGGAAGAACAUUCAAUGCCUCCUGUGAAGGGUUUCCUCCCGUCCCCUCACCACGCACUGACGCAUCCCGCCUUGACCCUAGGAACCCACCCGUACUCCUGCUACCCAGGAUACUACGUCCACAUCGCCCACCAUGGAGCCUCCACCCUCCCCGUGAGCACGAGUCCCGGACCCCACGUUCCCUCAUCCGUUCCCCCCAUUAAACUGUGCCCCACCGGCAUCCAGAGACCCAAACUACUGCCCUCGCCACUGCCCUCGCCAGUUUCCCACCCUCCCUCGGGCAUCCCUCACCCGGCGUACUGCAGCUCUGUAGGAACGUGUUACGGGGAACCCUGCCGGAUCAGCAGCUACGCCUACAGACCGUCGCAGCCCAUCGCCAGCAGGAGCUGCUCGUUCAGCGGGGGAUGCUCCAGCUGCAGCCACAAGAUCAAGAUGGAGGAUUACCCCUACCCUCUGGACAAGCACAGUCCCUCCAUCCCCAUGUCCCCCGCCCUGCCCCUGUCCGUCUGUCCCAUCCCCGGCGUCCCCCCGUCCGUCCAGCCGCUGCCCGACGCCGGGCGCCCGCAGGUGCAGCUGCGAGUGGGCAGAGAGUGCCCUCAGAGUGCCAAGGCUCCCGGCAGCUCUCGCUCCGGCGCCCGGGACUCCGCCCCCUGCCCCCACAGGAAGGACGGCCAGCUGGGAUCCGGCCACGGCGGCGCCGCCACCAAGCAGCCCAAGAUCAGCCGGCGGCGCGCCACGAACGGCUGGCUGCCCGUCGGCUCGGCCGCUGAAAAGGAGGUAUUCAUCCUGGGUGAGGAAGCACCAGCACUGCGUAGGUGUUAUGAAGGUGUGCAGCGAGACGAAGAGGUGAUCAGGGUACGAGACACUGUCCUGCUGCGCUCCGGCCCCCGCAAGAAGUCCCUCCCAUAUGUGGCUAAAGUCUCCGCCUUCUGGGAGGACCCCGAGUCAGGGGAAUUGAUGAUGAGUCUGUUUUGGUACUACCGUCCAGAGCACACUCAGGGGGGCCGCGUUCCCAGCAUGCACUGUGAGAACGAGAUCUUCGCAUCGCGGCAUCAGGACGAGAACAGCGUGGCCUGCAUCGAGGAUAAGUGCUACGUCCUGACAUUAGCACAAUAUUGUAGAUUUUGUGCCUUGGUGAAGCGUCGUGAGGAGGGUCUUCCCAAAAGUGCCCCCCCGGUCCCCCCCGCCCUCAGCUACACCAUUCCAGCUCACCGGCGCGUGCCGGCGGACGUGGACCCGGACCUGGUGUUCGUCUGCCGCCACGUUUACGACUUCCGCUACGGCCGCCUGCUGAAGAACCUGCAGUAGCGGCGGGGGGGCGGGGCCGACACACCGAGCCAUACACUGAACCACAGUCCAAAAGCUGACGACACAAUCAACCACCUUACCGAGGGAAAUGUAGAGCGGCCGCAGGACUGACCGGCGCUGACGGGACCCUGGAGCGCGAGUCCUGCGUUCCUGUAGGAGCUGAGUGAGAUCCGCGGGUCAGUCCCUCUGAGGUUUUAGCGUAACUCAGCGUUUUCAGCACAAGUGAGAAACGAUGGCCGAGAUGUGAUCUGUCACUCAAUGAAGUUGCUUCUGUCUCAUUUCUAUUUAUUAUUUGAUUUGUUAAUAGUUAUCUUUUAUACUUGCUGUGUGUGUGUGUGUGUGUGUGUGUGUGUGCGUGUGUGCGGGUGGGAAUGUGUGUGAAAAAACAAAUAUAUCAAAGUGUUUGGAACAACAGCAGUACCUUGAAUUAUAAAUUAGUUUAAGGUUGAAUAUUCUUUCCUUGAUUGUAAAUGUGCCCUUCUUGGCUGUAGAGCUAUUUAUUUAUAGAUAUGAGGUGGAAAAUAUGAAAUUAUAUUUAUUUUUUAGAGCAAUUUGAAAGAAAAAAAGAAAAAAAAAAACGAGUUCCCUAUGUGACGUAGACGAGACCAGGAGUGUUUCCUCUUUCCUGAAUCAGAUCCUGUCAAUCUAUCGAGUAAACCGGACUGUUGUGGACCAUAAACAUAUACUCUCAUAUACAGCUCUGGAAAAAAAUAAGAAAUCACUUAAAAAUGAUGAUUUUCUUUGAUUUUAGCAAAUUAAAAACCUCUGGAAUAUAAUCAAGAGGAAGAUGGAUGAUCACAAACCAUCAAACCACCAAACUGAACUGCUUGAAUUUUUACACCAGGAGUAAAGCAGCAUAAAGUUAUCCAAAAGCAGUGUGUAAGACUGGUGGAGGAGAACAUGAUGCCAAGAUGCAUGAAAUUAAAACUGUGAUUAAAAACCAACCAGGAUUAUUCCACCAAAUAUUGAUUUCUGAACUCUUAAAACUUUAUGAAUAUGAACUUGUUUUCUUUGCAUUAUUUGAGGUCUGAAAGUUCUGCAUCUUUUUUAUUAUUUCAGUCAUUUCUCAUUUUCUGUAAAUAAAUGCUCUAAAUGAGAAUAUUUUUAUUUGGAAUUUGGGAUAAAUGUUGUCUGUAGUUUAUAGAAUAAAACAACAAUGUUCAUUUUACUCAAACAUAAACCUAUAAAUAACAGAAUCAGAGAAACUAAUCAUUUUAAGUGCUCUCUCAUUUUUUUCAGAGCUGUAUAUUUAUAUAUAUAUAUAUAUAUAUAUUCUGGUGGACCAAAUAUGUCCCAGGGUUCCUCAGCUAGCAUUCGGCUAAUUCCUCUGUCGAUCGACCAAUGAAAGGAGGUGUGUUUAACUGUUGAACUCUCUCUCAUCUUACUGUAACUCAUGAGGACUUGCCUUACACCCUUCAGAAGAGUGUGUCCCGCUUCCUCGCCCGCCUCACGUCCUGCCUUUUCCCAGCAAACCAAAGCUUUACACACCGCCACGCUACAUGUGAUCCCUCUCUCUCUCUCUCCCUCUCCCUCUCUCUCUCUUUCCCUCCGGCCGUCAUUAGUUUGCACUACUCUUAUCCUACUCUUAAACCUCUUCUUUCACCUGCUACUGAUCUUUAUAAACGGAGGAAAAAUACUGUGUAUUUGUUGUGAGUGUAAAUAAAGAACAGAGAGAAUUUAACAUCUCUAGUUUCACCAACUGAGGGAGGCACUCUGUUACACUCUUCUUAUUCUUCUUUUUCUUUUUCUUCUAUUUAUUUUUCUAAAUGCGAGUGAAUGGGAAAAAAAUGAAUUAAAUAAACUCUCCUGCUUUCAGUAUGUGCCAUCGCAACCCUGUUCGAACCCUCUCCGACCCCCCGGACCCUGCUGGAAAUAUAUAUGAAAUAUAUAAAUCCCUUUUGACCUGAUCGCCGCUCUGUGCGUGAGAUUGAUAUGAAAAAGCUGUUUCUUAUGGUCUUUUUGUGCCUUUAAUAGUUAGAUAGAAAUAGAUAGUCUGCUCUGAGAAGAAUCAACAGCAUCAGAGGUUUUUUACUUUUAUUUAUAUUUAUUUUAUAUUUUUACCCCCCUCUCGUGGCUCUUUGCUUCCGUUGCCCUGCUCAUUUCGUUUCACGCAGCAGUUUGUGCUAAAAGCCAUUUCUUUAUGGCUCUCAUUGCACUACAGUGACCCCCCCCCCCAUUCUUCCACUUUUCUCUCGCUGAAAUAGUUCAAAAACCCUGAAAAUUUUAAGGAAUAAAAGAGUAAAAAUGGCCUCGAGUUGAACUCAAACAUUUUUCUUUUUUUUUUUUUAGUUUUUUUGUUUGUUUGUUUGUUUGUUUUUUCUCCAGGCUGCAGCAUCACCUGGACAGGUGGCGCCACUGGACAAGAAUUACCGUAUUUUUCGCACUAUAAAGUGCAGCAGAUUAUAUUUUAAUGCGCAUUAUGCAACUUUAGUAAGGAACAGGGGUAUUGUCACGUUUUCCUUCUAAUUCUAAGCAGGUUUUGCACCUGAGUGGUGGCCUGUAAGACCUGUAAAGCUAAGCUAAGUUAAGUAAACAAAACUGUAAAAAUUGUAAAAAAAAAAAAACAACUUUCUUUUAAAGUCAAACAAGUGCUGGAUAAUAAUCUAUACAAACUGUUUAUUUGGGUGAGUAAAGCACUUCUGUUUAUUUACAGUAAGCUUUCCAGAUUUCCACUAAGGCUGGGUGCAGCAGCAUUAGCAUUAAGAGCUAAGCACUAGUGUUAGCCGCAGUUAGCGGCUAAUGCCGCCCGACAGAUAAUAGCUACCGUUGAGUCCCACGUAGCUUGUUUUAACACAGUAAACAUGUUGGCUGCAGUCCGAUAUAAUCACCUCUGAACAGCGAAAGAGCUAGAACUUAGCUCUGUGGUUAGCAGCUAAUGCUAAUGCUGCUCCAGUCUCGAGUCUCAGUGCUGGAGAACUAAACUGAAACUCCUGUUUAACUCUGUACUUCUUAAUACCUGACUGGUAGAAUUCAUAUAUACUCUCGAUUUUUAGGAAAAUAAAAGAAUUUUAAAUGCGCCUUAUAGUGCGAGAAAUACGGUAGCCUUUUCAUUUUGUUGAGAAGUGAAAAUAGAAGAGGGUUGAGAUUUUAUUUUUAAUUUUUCUUUUCUGUUCUAACUAAAGAGAUGUGUGGCGAAGCAGGAUUGCGCUCACUCUCUCUCUCUCUCUCUCUCUCUCUUUUUACGCCUUUUCGAACUGAGAUUCCCUCAUUGGCUGAGCUCCGCCGUGACCUCGCUCCAUAUCCAGCCGCCGGCGCUGUGGAAGCGAGAGCAGCAGCAUGCCUUCUUUCUUCUUUCCUCCCUGUCUUCAGCCUUUUUUACUCAGCGCAGGAGUUCGAUCUCCUCACGGCUUUUAUUCAGUAACUCAGUAACUACUGAACAUGUCAAAUCGAGCGGCGUGUUUUGUUUCAUCGACGCCCCGUUCCACUUUCUAUUCAAAGAACUUGAAGAGCAUCUAUCAGUCGAACUUGUGUUGUUGUGCUAGAGCUAGACGCGUGAUUUCUGUACUAGUUUAGUAAAACCGACUCCCUUCUGGGUGUAUGAUGCCCACGAUUCGCUGGUUUUGGCCAAAAUGUGCAUCGCAUUAUCGCAUUAAUUCCAGUCUGAUCACGACGAGCUUUUCAUUUACUGUUCUGUUCUGUUUUUAUCUGAUUAAGACAUGAUUUCCUUCACAUCGAGAAUCAGGAAGUAUUAUUUCUCUUUUGUUGUUUGAUUUAUUUGAACAAAUCAUUGUUUGCUUGGAAAUGUCUGUAUUGCUGUUUGAGUUGAGGGAUCAUCCUGUGUUAAAGCUCUAAUCAUAAUCCAUAAAGCACUUUUAGAUUAUAAAUGUUUUUUCUCCACUUUACAGCUGUGAGAGUUGAAGUGGUAGAUUGGUUGAUUGAUUGAUUGACUGAUUGAUUUAUUGAUUUUGGUAGUGAUGAAGUGUAAAGCCUGGAUAAGCUUACUGCACAUUCAUAAAAAUGAUUUAUUUGAUCAGUAUCAGGAGACAAUUGCUUUUAUAAAUGACCCAGAAUUAAACGUUUUCUAUUUUCUCCCAACCAGGAGGGUUAAGAGGACCAGCACACGCCUCCUCUGGUACAUGUGAAGUCAGACUCCGCCUCUUCUUGAGCUGCUGCUGAUGCUGUAGCAUUACCGAGUAGCAUCACAGCGCUAACUGCUGAAAAUGAUGCUGUUCAUUAAGCAUCUAAUGAGCAGCAGGAUCAGCAUCUGCUUAACACAGGCCUGAAACUUUAAAUCACCAUUAAUUAAAAUUAUACAUUUAUUUUAUGUGCUGCAUCAUAUUUCAUGUUGCACAGGAUGAUCCCUAACCUCACACUACAGAAAUAAUGACAUUGAAUUAAAGGAGAACUCUGGUGUGAAA